AUGAGUUCCAAUGAUAUUCAAAUGAAAAUGGUUCGACAAAGAUCAGUUGAACCAGUAACAAAUAGAAAGCGAUUUCAUGGAAACAAUCAUGGUAAUACCAAUCAAAUAUCUAUGUUAACGACAUUACCUGAUGAAUUACUACUUCAUGUUUUAUCUUACUUGAACAUGGUCGAUAUUUGUAAAGCAUUCCAUGGUUACCAUCAACGUUUCGAUAAUCUAAUAUAUGAGUCUGCUCGACAUAUAACGUUGCCCAGUAAUACGGAUAAUUCAUGGAUCGAUCAAUAUAUCCCGCAAUUCAAAUAUGCUAUUAAGACAAUAUGUCUCAAUGAAAAAUCUGUAGAAUUCGUCUUUGCUAACAAGCACUCAUUUUCAAAUCUUCGAUUAAUUAAUCUUCAAGGAAAUGGUUGGAAUAUGGGUCUUAUGUGCGAAAAUAACUCUCCUUCAGUUGUCUUAGCAUCUUCUCUACGUGUUCUUCAACAAAUCAAUCGUUCUGAUUAUGGACUCUCUAUCUAUAUGGGAACUUCUAUCAAUUAUGUUAGUGAUGAUUAUUGGGCAAGUUUAUCCUGUCCAUUUAUUCAACAUUUAUCAAUAAAGAAAUGUUGUGUAGAUGAUAUAUUUAUCAUAAAUCAUUUGACACCAAACUUAAUCCAUUUAAAUAUCGAUUUUUUGCUAUCAGGUUGGGACAUAGAUCAUGAUCUCCAAAAAUUGAAUCAUACGCUACGAAUGUCACGUUUAGUUAAUCUUAGUAUAAAAACAGGAGAGUAUAUGAGUUUUUAUCAACUGGAAAAAGUUAUCCAUAGUUUUAAAACAUCACUUAAGAAACUAAAGUUCAGUAUUAAUUGUUGUGAUCAAAUUGAUGGACAUUGUUUAGAAAAAUUAUUCAAGUCUUGUGAAAAACUUAAUAAAUUUGCAUUUCUUCUUCAAUGUAUUGAUAAAGUCAAUAGGAAUGAUUUUCAAGAUUCUUUUCAAAGUGAAUGGUGGCUGGAUAAAUGUCGUCCAUCAGUAUAUAUUCAACAUGAUGAUAACGAUCGAUAUGAAGAUUUAUCAUUUGUUCGUUUUCCUACAAUUAAUAAAAUUCAUUUCGUUAAUGAUAAUCAUCAAUCGAUUAGUCUUGAAUAUUUGUAUUUUAUUAAUCGUGUAUUUACUUCAUCGAACCAAAUUUUAUGUUUUAAUUAUUGUCAUUUAGAAUCAGUAGAUAUACUAUUUUAUAUGCUUAUGGAUGAUACAUCAAUACCACCAGUAUUACCUAAUGUACAUCAUUUUAUUAUUGGUUCGGAAAACAAACUUGAUGCAUUAACAUUAUGUGUUUGGAUUCUUCUUGCAGCAAAUCUUACAAGUUUAGAUAUAUCCAACUUGACGACUUUCGAUAAAAUAGAAUUAGCAGAAGAAUUGAGACAAAUGAUGAAUGAUGAUAAACGUCUAAAACCAAAUUUUAAUCACAUUAAAGUACUAUAUAUCUUUCGAUCAUCUGAUAAUGAUGAUGUACAAACAAAACAUGAUUUAUUACUAGCCUUUCAAAAGGUUUUUAUCGAAGCAAAUAUUUGUUGA